AUUCCUUAUUCCAGAUUGUCUCAAUGAAUGGCUAGAGCUUUGGAGUGGAUCAGCUCCUCCCCCGGCCUCUGCAAGUUCGUUGCUCUCCUCUACAGUCCGCAACCACCACUCACCACCACACCACAACAGCCAACAGCCAACAACCACCAUGAUUAUCCACCCUUCGGUCAUCCUCAUCAACUAAUCUACAUCGAAAUCCAUCACAAUCCACAACUUACCUUUCCUCGGCCACAGAACAGGACACAGCACAACAGUAUAGAACAGUGAAAAGGAAUUCAAGUUUAGAAGAAGAAUUUUAACUGAGUUGGUAGGCAUCGUUUGUAAGAAUGGGAACUCCUCUGGAUUUCUUGAACUACCUUAAUCACGACGUGUCACUAAAGAUUAUGACAUUUUUGGAUGAUCUAUCUGAUAUUGUUCGUGCCUCUUCUGUCUCCCGUGAUUGGAAACUACUCUACAUCGAAAUCCAUCACAAUGAAUUGGAAACUGCUUC